AUGCUUAAUUUAACUAUAAAAAAUGCUGGUAAAACAUAUAAUAUUGAAUUAGAAGACAAUGAUCUAGGAUCGACAUUAAAGAACAAGAUAGAAGAAUUGACUAAUAUUCCAAGAGAUCGUCAAAAAAUUUUAAUUAAAGGUGGUAAAUUGAAUGAUGAAGAUGUUGUUUCAAAAUUAAAUUUAAAAUCUCCAGUUAUGGUAUUGGGUACACCUGAAGUCAAAUUAUUCAAACCAAUUGAAAAACCAGUAUUCUUGGAAGAUUUAAAUUUAAAUCAAUUAUUUAAAGUUUCUAAUGAACCAAGUGGGUUAGUCAAUUUAGGUAAUACAUGUUAUUUAAAUAGUUCGUUACAGACAUUAUAUCAAAUUGAAGAUCUAGCAAGUAAAAUUAAAGAUUUUAAAUCUAGUGGGAAUAGUUCUGAUGGAUUAGUAUUUUCACUAAAGAAUGUCUUUUCUCAAAUGGAAAAGAAACAAGAAUCAAUUACUCCAAGUUUAUUCUUAUCAUUAUUUAGAAGCUUGUAUCCUCAAUUUGCGGAACAAAGUAAUGGAAUAUAUAAACAACAAGAUGCAGAAGAAGCAUUUUCACAAAUCCUUUCCAGUUUAAAAACAUCCUUGAAAAUUGAUUCAUUAUUUGAAAUUCAAUUCAAUGUGAAAACGAAAUGUUUGGCCCUUCCAGAUGACGUUUCCUACUCAAUUGAAGACUCGUUUAAAUUAAAUUGUCAUAUAGAUAUCAAGACUAACUUUUUGCGUGAUGGGAUUUUAGCGGGCUUAACUGAAUCAAUAACCAAAUUUAAUGACACAUUACAAGAAAAUACAGAAUAUGAAAUAAGUAAAACAAUAACUCGUUUACCUAAAUAUUUAACAAUACAUUUUAUAAGAUUUUUUUGGAGAAGAGAUAUUAACAAAAAAUCAAAAAUUUUAAGAAGAGUUCAAUUCCCAUUUGAAUUAGACCUAAGUGAAAUGUUAGAUGAGUCUAUAAAAACCGAAAAGAUUCAAAAUAGAGAUAAGAUUAGAAAAAUUGAAAAAGAGAAUUUAGAAUUAAUUAGAGAAUUCAAAAAAACCAAAAAUGGAGCAAAUGGAGCAAAUGGAAAUAAUGAUGGAUUAACACCGUUAGAAAUCCAAGAAGAAGAAGAAUUGAAAAUUGCAUCCAUUAAAUCUAAAUUCAAAGAUGAUUUGAAUUCAGUUAUAAAUACUGAUGGAAUUACUGAAAAUCCUUCUUCUGUAUUUCAAUUAAAUGCCAUUAUUACUCAUCAGGGUGCUUCUGCUGAUGGUGGUCAUUAUAAAGCUUACGUUAAAGAUGUUAAUGAUUUAGAUGGUGAGAAUUGGUUUUGUUUUAAUGAUGAUAAAGUUUCAAAUAUAAAUAAGGAGAAGAUUGAAAGUUUGGCUGGUGGUGGUGAAUCUGAUAGUGCAUUGUUGUUGAUUUAUAAAGGAUUAGGAUUGUAA